AAGCAAAUUCACUGAUGGAUACACAAAUCCUCCAGGGUAACUAGAGGUGGGUCAUCAGAUCUCUAGGGUCUUCUCAUUCUUCAUUCCCAGAUCCGUAGAAUAGAAAAUGUUUGGCCGAUCUGCGAUUCGUGGAGGAGGAUUCCGUGCAGAGAAUCUAGGUCAAAACGCACUUACCUUAAUCGGUAACAUAGGCUUCUCACUCUUCGUCUUCGGAGUACUAAUCUUCACCAUAAUCGCCGCAACUUACGAACCAGAAGAUCCUCUCUUCCACCCAUCUGACAAAAUCACAACUUUCCUCACUUCCACAUCAAACGCUACACUUAGAUCCGAUGACUCCGUUGUUAAAACCGGUGAAGAUUUCAUGCUCGCUAACCAAACCGCAUUUGCAGAGUUUAUCAACAUAAACGAUGUUGAAGCCAGCACCAAUGAGACUACUACAGAGGAAGAGGGUAACAAGUUGGAAUGUGAUGUGAAUACUCCAAUUGAUUGCAAAGAUCAGCAAGUGUUUCAUCUUAUGAUGAGAGCUACUAUUGACAAGUUUAAAGAUAUUCACUUUUAUAAGUUUGGUAAGCCUGUUACUGGCGAAGAAGGUGUGAAUUCUUGUGAUAUGGCGUGGCGUUAUAGGCCUAGAGAUGGGAAGAGUGCUGCUUUUUAUAAGGAUUAUAGGAGGUUUGUUGUUGCUAAGUCUGAGAAUUGUAGUGUGAGUGUUGUUGGGAUUGGUGAGUAUCAUUCGGGUUUGAAUGCGAGGAAGAGGAAGAAGAAUCAGAAAGCUGGGUUUGAGAAAACUGGUGGGAAGAAAGAUGAUUUCUCUUUGCCUGUUGUUGGUGAACUUGUGAAUGAUUCUCUUCCUAUGGUUGAGUCUGAUAGUGUGUUUAAGACUGGCAAGUAUUUGGUUUAUGUUGGUGGUGGAGAUAGGUGUAAGAGUAUGAAUCAUUUUCUGUGGAGUUUCUUGUGUGCUCUUGGGGAAGCUCAGUAUUUGAAUAGGACUCUAGUGAUGGAUUUGACCUUGUGUUUGUCUUCUAUCUAUACUUCGUCUGGUCAGAAUGAGGAAGGCAAGGAUUUCAGGUUUUACUUUGAUUUCGAGCAUUUGAAAGAAGCUGCUUCUGUGUUGGAUGAAGCUCAGUUUUGGGCUCAGUGGGGGAAAUUGCGUAAGAAGAGAAGAAAUAGAUUGAACCUUCAUCUCGUGGAGGAUUUUAGGGUCACUCCCAUGAAGCUCGCGGCUGUCAAAGAUACGUUGAUAAUGAGGAAGUUUGGAUCUGUAGAACCAGACAAUUAUUGGUACAGGGUUUGUGAAGGAGAUGCAGAAUCUGUUGUUAAACGACCGUGGCAUCUGUUAUGGAAAUCAAGAAGGUUGAUGGAAAUCGUCUCUGCUAUUGCAUCAAGGUUAAACUGGGACUACGAUGCUGUACACAUUGAGAGAGGAGAGAAAGCAAGAAACAAGGAGGUUUGGCCUAAUCUUGAAGCGGAUACUUCCCCGAGCGCUCUCUUGUCGACCUUGCAGGACAAAGUUGAAGAAGGAAGGCAUCUCUACAUCGCAACAAAUGAAGGAGAAUUAUCCUUCUUCAACCCUUUGAAAGAUAAGUACGCCACUCAUUUCCUUUACGACUACAAAGAUCUUUGGGAUGAGAGCAGUGAGUGGUAUUCAGAGACUACUAAGCUUAAUGGAGGCAACCCGGUCGAAUUUGAUGGUUACAUGAGAGCAUCUGUUGACACAGAAGUAUUCUUGAGAGGGAAGAAGCAGAUUGAAACAUUCAACGAUCUUACAAACGAUUGUAAAGAUGGAGUUGGGACCUGCAAUGCUGCAACUUCCUGAUCUCUGUCAUAUUCCUCAUUUAUUUGUUGUUUGAAUCGUCUUGUACCACUUGUUUCCAGUUUUGUAUUGUAGAAUAGCUUUGUAUUUUCCAUUACUGUUGUUUUGUCUCAGUGACUUUUAGACUAAUAUAUGUCCUAGUUUGGUUCUAUUUCUUUGGAAUGCAAAAUCUUGGGAAGAAGAUGAUAUUGAUACACAAAAAUUGAUUCGGU